CCACCACUGACCUGGAAAGGGUUGGACAUGUCUGAGGCACUGUCCUGCCCCAGCAAGGAGACCCCAACCCCUGGCUGUAAUCUGAAGACCCUGUACUGGGCCUGUGUCCACAAUGACCCCACUGAGCUCCAAGCCAGGCUGGAUGUCGGGGUCUCCCCAGAGGAGGUUUCCCAAGUGGACAGCAAUGGGAGGACAGGCCUCAUGGUUGCAUGCUACCGCGGCUUUGGUGCCAUUGUGGUUCUGCUCAGCUGCUGCCCUUUCCUGGAUGUGAACCAGCAGGACAAAGAUGGAAACACAGCCCUCAUGCUGGCUGCUCAAGCAGGUCACACAUCCCUGGUGACUCUCCUGCUCAACUACUUUGCUGGCCUGGACCUGGAGCGCAGGGACCAGCGGGGACUCACAGCUCUGAUGAAGGCUGCCAUUCGUGACCGCUCUGAGUGUGUGGUGGCCCUCCUCAUGGCGGGUGCAGACCUGAGCUCCGUGGAUCCUGUCCGGGGCAAGACAGCCUUGGAGUGGGCUGUUCUCACAGACAGCUUUGACACUGUGCGGAAGAUCCGGCAGCUGCUGAGGCGACCCCAGGCAGAGCAGCUCAGCCUGCAGUACCAGCCAGAGUGGCCAGCCUUGGCCCAGCUUGUGGCCCAGGCCCAGGCCCAGGCUGCCCCAUCCUUCCUAGAAAGGCUGCAAGCUACCCUGAGCCUCUCUUUUGCUGAGUCUCCGCAGGAAGGGGGUGUUCUUGACCACUUUGUGACGGUCACCACCAGCUUGGCCAGCCCCUUCCUCACCACCGCCUGCCACACACUGUGUCCCGAUCACCCACCCAUGCUGGGCACACGAGGCAAGUCAGUGCCCGAGCUGCUGGGCACUGCCCCUCCCCCCCCCCCAGCACCCCACCCUCCUCAGGCUGUCCCUGUCCCCCAGGUCUUUGUCCCCUACCAGAGCCCUCGGAGCGUGCUCUCCCAGUGGUUACAGUCCAGGGACAGUACUAGCGCCAGGUCCCAAAUCCCCAAGAUCCUCCUCUCCAAGGCGCCCUCUCCCCCUACCCAGUAUGAAGAGUUGGUACUCAGGCCUGCAGGGCAGCGAAGUCUGGCUCUUCCUCUCUGGAAAUACCAGGAGAGGAAGAAGCAGGAGGACGAAGCUAAGAACCAUGGGGAGGUGCGCUAGGCCAAGCUAGAGGCAAGAAAGACAUGUUCCUGUCUGGGGCUUCUUCUGCUUCCCAGCUGCCUC